CUAUUGAGACUUUUGAAUUUGUAAAACGAAGCAAAAAAUGUCUAUAGUUUUCAGAUGCGAAAGAAAUUCCCUGGAAAAUUUAAAUCGAUGGAGUUCAACAACUGGUCAAAAUUGCAUUUGCAAGUCCCUGUCUAUCGACCUCAAUAUUAUGUACUGCGAUGAAACAAGUCUGAGAGAAAGAAACGACAAAUUACAUAACUUAUACGAAACUGGAUUCUAUACAGAUGUUGUUCUGAAAGUUAACGAUGACGUUAUAGCUGUCCAUGGUAUUGUUCUCAGUUCAGCGAGUGAAUAUUUUGAAGUGAUGCUUCAGUCAAGUUUCCGUGAGAGCUCCACAAAAACUAUUGAUUUCUCCAGCUCUUUUGAGGAUGUUGCUGUUCUUAAACUAGUCAUUGAUUAUAUGUACACAGGAAAAGUAAUGCUACGUCGAAAGACCCUAGAACAAGUUCUCGGUGCAGCCCAUCUAUUUAUGCUUCACAGUUUGAAGCAUCACUGUGCACAGUUUCUUCUUGAACAACUACAACCACAGAACAUCCUCUGGACAUGGAAGCUUUCCUAUUUAUAUGAAAUGAAAGAACUGGAGAUCAUAUGUAGUUCCUUACUAGCAGUCAUUUUCUGUCGUGAGAUAAUUGACGAAACUGAUUUGGGUGACUUCACCUCGAACUGUAUAACCACAGUAUUAAAUAAUGAAGAAUUGAUCAAAAGUGCUAGGCAUGAAGAUGUAAGUUAUUUGAUUGUUUCCUGGAUGAAUGCAGGGGACUUUGAUACUCGUAAAGACAUAGCCAAGUCACUUUUGUUAAAAUAUCUCAACAACCAGGCUUUAGAAGUAAUAUUGGAUUCUGUCCACAGUUUGACAAAUGCUUACAAUGUCCCAACUUCACAACUUAGCUUAUAUCUUCCAGAUUUCAAAGGGAAAAUCAGUUGGAGACGUUCUGUGGAACCUAUUGAGCAAGUAACUUCACCAGUUGAUAAAUCUGAUCUUCAACCUCUUUUUUAUGGUAUUUUGGUGCAGGAGAAUUAUUCUCAUGGCACAAAUAUAUAUUGUGCUGAAACCAAGAAAUGGACAUUCGAUUUACUCAACCAUAAUGGGACACCACUUGGUAUCAUUGACAGCAACUAUUUGGUGUCCCUUGGAAAAGAUAUUUAUAACAUCAAUUUAAUAAAUUUAUCAACCAAAGUUGCUGAAGUUAUGCCAUCAGUUUUGCGCACAGUAAUGAGACAAGGACGUGCAGUGAAUCCUUCCAAAGAAGCAACCCAUUAUUUUUGCCAGUCAGGGCGACUUCAUGUAAUUAUGAAUUGUUGGGACCGUUCAAACAGAGGUUUGGUAUUUUCAUUGUAUGUCUACGACAUUAUUAAAUCUUGGUCACUAGUAUUGGAUAUUGUACAGAACCUUAGUGGAUCUAGCUUCGAAACAACAGUUGUCUCGAAGGAAGAUUUUUCUGUGAAACUGCAUGCAAUUCCAGUAGAAAACAACAUCGUGUUUGUUGUUGCUCAGAUAACUCAAAACUUUGUUCAUACAAACCCAGUAACAGAUUCUAAUGAGUAUGGAGGAGAGUGUCCUGCUAGUCUUCCUGCUUCUUACUUAUACCAGAUUGAUACUUGUAAAGGGGAAUAUAUAUUACUCUCCAAUAUGUUUGUUAACUUGAGUGAUAUCCAGUUGAAUCAGGCCAUUUAUUUUAACCGAAAACUGCAAUUUUUGGAUGAUCUUGGUGGAAUAAAUGAGUGGAAUUCAGUGGAUGAUGCUAAUUAUAAAAGUCAUGUUACAAAAAGUAUUUGUUAUGAUCUAGAAAGUAAGAGAUGGACAGACGAUGGAAUCACUAUACCCAAACCCCAACUUAGUUGCUUGCCUUUACAAAACCAAAACAACUUCCCUCGUAGCUCAGUUAAAGUUUGUGGGUCAAUAUUGUAUGCAUCAGUCCAUUUGAGUCCUCAUAUUUUUCAUGUCUAUUUGUUUGAUGUUAACAUAUUUGAAUGGAGUAAGCUUCCCAACAUCCUGAGUCCAUCUGUGUCUGAUAUGACUGUCUACCCAGUUUGUACAACACGACCACUGAGCCAGUUGUUUAAAGGAGAACAUAGUCCAAAACAAUUGGAAACUUCUGGGUUUCUCUUCAUGAAUUCAAUAUUAGAAAAUUGGAAGGGCAUUAAAGCUAGCUGAUUGGUAUUUGAAUCACUAUUCCUCAGUUAAGCUUCAAUACUGUUGCCAGAAUAAUCUUUUUAUAUUUUUGAAAAUGAUUUCAACAGAAUAUGAAAGAAAUCUGAUGGUUUGUCUUUCUUUAACUUUUCGUUAUUAGUGACUUUUUUGCCACUGAAGAUAUCUGGAGGAAAAAUACAAAAUGCACCAACUGACAAGUAAUAGUUUGAGACUUGGUUUUCUUAUUCUUCAAAAGUAAUGUUAUUGAUUAGAAGGAAGCUUUAAAAGAAUUCUGCCCAAUAAUUUCAUGAGAUUAAUUUAUGAAAACUUUUCAUUACAAAAUCUUAAUUUUUUCGAACGUUUUCUCCAGUAAAUUUGAAAUUUUUGCUGCUCACAUUUCGAUGCCAUAUCCUCAACACUAAUCAAUUCUGAUUACUGGAAUUGAAAACAAUGGAAAACGUACUAGUUUAUGUAAAUUUAUUGUCACAAUGAAGAGGUAAUUUGUUUUUACUUGAAAAUAUUUUGACACCACUUCGGACAUUUUCAGGAGUUUUUUAAUAUAAUGCUUAUUGCACCAGGACUUGCCAAGUGCAUUUUGUACAAUAUUUAAACUUAAUUGUCAAAUACUUUCCUUUUUCUUUUUUUUUUUUUACACUUUAAAAUUUAUUCUUUCAGCACAUUUUAUUGUAUAAUAAUAAUGAGUAUUUUGAUUUUUUUCCUUUGAAUUUGCACUUUUUGUAUCUUUUGUUUAAAAAAUUUGGGUGUUAUUUCAAUUUUAUCCCUAAAAUUUCUUUUCUCACUACCAAACAUUUGAAACCAAGAUCCACUCAAGACUUUUAAUUUGUGACAUUUUCAUGUUUUGUAAGAAAAUUUUCAUAAUUUUUAAAAACUCACUCUGCUUUGUUCAGUAAUUACUGGUUUGAAGCUAAUGACAUGUAUGUACAUAUACACAUGCACACACACAUGCACAAGUAUGCAUGCACAUACAUACAUGCAUGAGGCACACAUACAACCACACACACACACAUGUGCAUGCACACAUGUAUAUACAAUACAUACAUACAUGUAAACACACACCUAGAAGCACAUGAUAAUGAUGAGCAAGAGUGAGAUGUCGAUGCUGGCUAAAUAAAAAUGUUUUGUAACAAACAAGAACUGCAAUAAAUAAAGAAUAUAAUACUCUACUCUCUCACUCUCUUCCCUGAAGAUAUAACCACAGUCACAGUUGCCUUGUCAUUGCUUCGUUAUUGCAAUAUGCAAUGAAAGGAGUUCAAACUGGGACCAUGCUGUCUUUUCUUUCUCCAACAUUGUAUAUUUAGGACCAUCUUAAUUCAUUGUCUUUCUUAAUUGUGUAUUUAGGACUAUCUCAUGUCUUCUUUUUAAAAAUGGCAGACCAUCAUUUGAGGGAAAUUUAGUUGCUAUUUCUAGCAAGCAGUGAUGUAGUGCAAGCAUGGGUAACCUGUUUUGAGAAGUGGGCUGCACAAGACAUGGUUCAUUGUCAGGUGAGGUGCAGUUUGCCCAUAACUGAUGUCGAGGCUUUCUUGCCUCGUGCAUCUUUUUGUGGUUGAUUUUUUUUUUUGUUCUUUUUUUUUAGCUCUAGAUCAGUUCUGAUCAAGUUUAUGUAUGAUCAAAAGCAUUUAAACUUUAACCAUAUUGUUCACCGCUUCUUCCCCACUUUCUUUAAGAUAGUGGGUGGAUUUUGAGGGAUAUUCGGUUGCUAUUUCUAACCAGUUGAGUAAUCACUUUGGAGCUUCCUCGUUGGUUUGAGACAACAGUUUUUUACCAACCACCUGUUGCCUGUUUCCUUGCAGUUCAUUGAAGUGGAGUAUUUAGAAUUUGUCCUUAAAUCCUGAUAUCAUUUUUCUUGUUUCUCUUUAUCAACUCCAUCAUUUAAGUUUAUUCUUUCACAUAUAAAUAUCCCCUGCUGUGUCCAGGAUAGGCAGUGUAACUUUGAUGUUGAGUAAAUGGCGUCAGCUUUCCAUUUUCAAGACUGUUUCUCUUUGAUCACUGCCUUUUACCUUCUCCAUUUCCAAACUACUUGAUCCAGCAGAUCUGUGAUCAAAAGUCUUCUGGCUGUGGCCACCAUCCCAUCAUUUUGUAUAUCCAAGACUAUAUUGUCCAAUCUGCCCUUUUAUAAUGGUAGGGUAUAAUUUGAGGAAAAUUUGGCUGCUAUUUUUUUUUUUUAAGUUCCAACCAAAGAACUGUACUGGCAACAGUUUGACUCCCAGUACUGCAGGUCUAACCAAGCUGAACAUGUCUGAAGUGAGGGAUUAGGCUGAAUAAGAAUCACCCCUAAAUAUCUCAUAUCCACACCCUACCAUUUAAAUAGAUAGAAUGAUACAUUAGAUAACGAUAUAGUUCUAGACAUGAUAUGGUCAUGGUUGGAAGGUCUUUUGUCAUAGAUCUGCUGAGUUAGGGCUGAUUUAGGGCAGAAAAUAUCAACAUAAGCUAGAUUAUAUAGGUUUAAUCUCUGGGAUUUAAAUCUGAAAUUUCAACUCAGAAUUACUUGCUUUUGUGGCAUUCAAAAUAUUAAAGAGUUGGAACUAAUUUAUGUCACUUCAUUCACCAGACUGUUGUCGAUUAAAUCAACACAAGAAGUACUUAACUGAUACUUAUUUUGUUGACCAGUGGCAUGAUAAAAGGCGAGAUUUGAAUCAAGAAAGAAAUGAAAUACUUCAAGACAUUCAGUUUGCCAUUCUUCUGAUUCUGUCUUCCAGCCACCCAGCCACCCAUCUACCUCUUUCUCUCUUACUGCCCUUAACAACCUUUCUCAAAUAUCCUCUGUUAAUUACUAUUUUUCCUUUCUUUUUUACUUAAAACAAACAAACUACAAAAACAUAUUUCAUUAUUGGGAAAUAACUUUUAGUUGAAUAAGAUAUCACAUGCACAAAAUGGGUGGAAGCAUUGCAUAUGAGACAUUUACAUGUAUAAUGUAGGUUGCAAUGGUGCACACCAGUGCUUACUGAAAAGAAGAAAAAAAUAUGUACCCACCCUUCUUAAAUAUGAACAAUAUGCAACUAAAACUCUGAAAGUCAGUCACUGCUAAUGUUGUGCAUCGUCACAGUCACUGGUGAUCUUACAUCUUUAACAUUACAAAGAUUACUCCAUCAGUGAUAUGAGCGAAGGGAAACUUGUAAAUAUUCACACAAGAAAGUGGGACAAUAUCUUAUAUUUAGAAUAGACUGCAUAUAUCUUUCAAACAAGUAAUAAUGGAGCUCGCCUUUCGAUUGAACAUACAUUCUAUAAUGUAAAAAAUUUUGGAAUGGGGUUGUUAGAAAUAAGAUUGCCAAGAUCAGUACAUGGUAUGAUAGCUAUAGGUUUGACUAUAUGAUGGGAAAAAAAUGCAUCACCAAAUAGUGAAUUAGGUGGUAGAUUUAGAAUUAUUCAAGAAAGUAACCUCAAAAUUGUCAAGGAAAACUGGAUGUAUCUAUUAAAUUAAUCAGCUUUGUAAGUUGUACAGUUUUGGCAGUGAAAACUACAAGAACUGUUGUGCUGGAAGGUGAAAUACUUGUACCUAAUUGCUUUUAUUGAUACAGAGUAGAGUAUCAUGACAUGCAAAGGAGAUAAGAAAAAGAAACAGUUAAUAAAAAAUAAUAGUAUGGUGACACAUUUAAAUCAAAUUGUAAAUAAAUAAAAUAGAACUUAUAGUUAUAUCAAUCUACUGUGUGUGUGAAUGUGUGUGCGUAUUAAUUGAUUGACAUUAAAGAAAUCGAGGUUAAUAUGUAUAAAUCAAGAAGUUUUAUAUGAACUGGUUAUUAACUAACUUCUCAACAGUUGCAAUAAAAUUUUGUCAGUGACUCGGUCAUUGUUGACUAAUGAAACUUUUUGAAAUCUCAGGAAAUAAAAU